AUGGAUGCAACGGGUGGCUCAGAGUUAUUCACCUCCUAUGAGCAAGACUAUAACCAAGUGGCUUUAUCUAUCUCGGAUAAAAUUACUAAAACGAUCCCACAACAGUCUGGGGAGCCAAGGAAAGCUACUGUUCACGCUGCAGAACGUGAAAUCGAUGAAGCAACGGAAAUUUUAGCACAAAUGGAAAUUGAGAUUUUUAAUCUUCCUAAUUCAUCACGUCUUCGUCUUCAACCCAGGCUUAGAACCUAUAGAAGUAACUUGGAUAAACUAAAACGUGAUUUGAAACGUGCAAGCUCGCGUAUUAACGGACCUACGGAUCGCGAAGAAUUAUUAUCCGGAGCUCAUGGCACCGAUCUCGAUAGUGCUUCAAUAGACCAAAGAGCUCGGCUUCUGACUGGCACCGAACGAUUGGCGGAAAGUAGUCAACGGUUACAGGAUAGUCAUAGAAUUGCAUUAGAGACAGAAAUAAUUGGGGCCAAUGUUCUUGAAGAUAUUCGACGACAAAGAGAACAGAUUAUAAAUACUAGGAAUACUUUACUCGAAGCUGAUUCUUACAUUGAUAAAGCUCAACGCACACUUAAGGGCAUGACACGUCGGAUGGCCACAAACCGCGUAAUUACCGUUCUAAUUAUCAUAGUCCUUGUCGCAUUGAUAAUAUUUGUUGUUUGGGCGAAAUUUUUCUGGUAG